CGAAAAAGUAAAUCAGCAGAAAUACUCAGAAUUCGAUGCUGAUUCCAAAUAUGUAAGUUUUAUUAUGAUUUGGUUUGGUCGGGAUGAUCGGCUUAUCGGCCCUCCUCCUUUUUUUUCUGGAUUGUUUUCUGUUAAUACUAUAAUACAAACAAAAAGAGCAGAAACAGUGACGCACUCACACUUCUAUAGGAGAGUUACGCGGUUCAGCCAUGAUUCACAUCAUGAAUGAAUUAUAACAAACGUCGUACACCCUUUAAAAAAAUUGCACUGAGCAUGACACGCAGUAUAAAAUACUCAGUUUAGCUCGAUUUUGGCGUUUUAAAUUGUCUGUGGUUAUUAAUCAUCGCCUGUGCAGAUAACGCUAACUCUAUAAAAAAAGAAAAAGGAUAGAAUUCACCUUUAUCUUGCAAAGAUGUAAAAUAAAUAUUUCUUUUUAUAUCGGUUCGAUUCAACCAGCACUUUUUUUUUUAUUUAUACUGAAUUGGACAAGAAUAAAGCAAAAAAAAAAAAAUGCAGCGAAUAUUUUAUAGUUUUUUAAAUUUUUUGUCGAUCAUAUGAAUAAAAAAAAAAGUGUAUAUAUUUUAAUAUUCUCUUUUUUACUGGAGAGUAGGAGAAAAAAAAGCUUAAUAAAUGAAUUUAUCACGAUAAUACAGAGCAACUACACCUUUGAGUAAGGUGGAAUCGUACGAAGUUUUUAUUAUAUUGCCACUAAUUUACUCUGUUUCUUUACAUAUUCAAUAGUCAGUAUUAUUCACUACCUAUACAUAUUUUUUCUGCAAUUAUAUACUUUUCUCUUCCAUUUGAUUACAUCGUGCAGGAUGAAAUAGAGCGUUGUACACAUAAUCGUUUGGAUAUAUAAGUUACAGAUCAGAAGAAGUAACACUCGUCUAAUUUCACUUUUGACAAUAUUAAAUAACUGUAUCGUAAUCGAUCCUUGCAUAUCGUCCAGAAACUUUUUAAGAUAAAGAUACAUAAUAAUCUAAUAAUGUCAUCAACUGUUAAAUUUUAUUUAUUUAAAAUUAUAUUUUUUAUCAUAAUACUAUCAGCUGGAAGUGAAUUAAAUAGAAAUUAUCGUCGUGAAAAAAUGUUACGUCGAUUAUUGAGUUCAAUUAAAGAUAAAUUCAAAGAAAUUGCUGAAGAGAAAUUUGGUGUUGAUUUUAGACGAUUUGAUAAAGAAGAUAUGUUGUUAUUUCCUGAUAUUGGCUUUCAAUCACAAAUAAAUAGUGAUAAUUGGAAUUUAGUUUGUCAUGGUUGGAGAUAUGAAGGUUCAAAACGAAAUAAAUUUUUAGGUUUAUCAAUAAGUUCAAUUGGUGAAGCAAUAGCUUAUCUUGUAUCUAAUGCUGAACAAAUUCUUUAUUUGAAUGAUACAAUCCAACGUGAUAGAAUAAAACCAUUUUUAGUUGAAGAUGAAUCACACGAAGUUAUUAAAAUUAAUAUCGGAAAAUCUUCACAUAUAGCAAGGACAGAUAACGAGGGUCAAUUUCGAUUAGAUUUAACCUAUUCGAAUGAUGAUGUCAAUCAACUUAAGAAAGAUGAUAUCAUUUCAUAUACAGCAAUUGGUGAUAAUGGGGACUCGCAAGAAGGUGUUAUACGUCUAAUUGAACGAAAUGGUUUGUCUAUAAUUUCUGAUAUUGAUGACACAAUCAAAAUUAGUGAAGUGUUAGAUAAAAUACGUUUGAUAGCAAACACAUUCAUUCAUCCAUUCAAACCGGUACUAGGUAUGGCUGACUUGUAUCAACAAUGGAAAACUCGAUACAAUUGUUCAUUUCAUUAUUUGAGUGCUAUGCCGGAUCAGUUGUAUAUAUUAACUCAAGAAUUUAUUAAUAAUAACAAUUUUCCAAACGGAUCUUUUCAUAUGAGACAUUUUCAUUGGGCAUCUAAAUCAAUCUUCAAUUUUGUUCAUUCUCAAAGUACAUUCAAUCAUAAAUUAACCUAUUUACGUUACUUUUUAUCGAAUACGUUGCGUCAAUUCAUUCUAGUCGGUGAUUCGGGCGAAAAAGAUCCCGAAGUAUAUGGUGUGAUUACUCGUGAGUAUCCAGAAAGAAUUCGUGCUAUAUUUAUUCGACAAGUUAGCGGGUCGUUAGCAUCUGAAGAACGAUUUUCAGCAGCAUUCGAAAAUAUACCAAAAGCAAAAUGGAUGGUCUUCGACGAUCCUAAACAAGUGCCAAUCGAUCUCAUCAUACCACCACGAGCUUAA